GCCAAUUUGGACUGUUGGCCGGCGUCAGGGGGCGGGAAGAGCGAUGAGAGAGGAUGUGAUUUGCAUCACUGGGAGGAAGAAGAGGGAGGAAGAAGAAGGUGUCUUUUUAGCCUGCAGGAAUCCGGGAGUAAAGUGUCCAGGAUGCUCUGAGCCGAGCCGAGCCGAGCCGAGCUGGUGGUCUGACUUGGAGAGUCGUCGAGCCCAAAACAAAAGAAGGAAGCAAAAAGCGCGAGGCUUUUGGAGGGAAACAAGUUGCACAUCAGGGCGGAGAUGAACACCAACGACGCCAAGGAGUACCUGGCACGGCGGGAGAUUCCUCAACUAUUUGAGAGCCUGCUCACAGGGUUGAUGUACCACCGGCCCGACGACCCCAUCGACUACUUGGAGGGCUGCCUGAAGAAAGUGCGAGAGCUCGGGGGGCCGGACAGGGUGAGGUGGGAUACCUUUGUGGGCCAGGAGAAGAAGACGUUGCCACCCAUCAAUGGGGGACAGUCACGCCGCUCGCUCUUCAGGAAUGUGAUGCCCAGCAGCAGUCCCAACUUCCCCUACAGACGCUACGAGCGCCUUCCUCCCAUCAGCCAGUUCUCCAUCGAGAGCGACUCGGACUUGUCAGAGACAGCCGAGCUGAUCGAAGAGUACGAGGUGUUCGAUCCAUCCAGGCCAAGGCCCAAAGUCAUCCUUGUUAUCGGUGGUCCUGGCAGCGGCAAGGGAACGCAGUGCCUGAAGAUUGCGGAGCGCUACGGCUUCCAGUAUGUAUCGGUGGGCGAGCUGCUGAGGAAGAAGAUGAUUCACAACGCCACCAGCAACAGGAAGUGGAGCUUGAUCGCCAAGAUCAUCACCAACGGCGAGCUGGCGCCGCAGGAGACCACCAUCACUGAGAUCAAGCAGAAGAUCAUGAAAAUUCCCGAUGCUAACGGCAUUGUCAUUGACGGCUUUCCUCGAGACGUCGGCCAGGCUUUGUCCUUUGAAGACCAGAUCUGCACCCCUGACCUGGUGCUGUUCCUGGCGUGCACCAACCACCGCUUGAAGGAGCGGCUCCAAAAGAGGGCGGAGCAGCAGGGCCGACCCGACGACAACCUCAAGGCCAUCGACCGCCGCCUCACCAACUUUAGGCAGAACACCAUCCCAUUGGUCAAAUACUUCCAGGAGCGUGGCCUCAUCGUCACGCUGGAUGCUGACCGUGAUGAAGAGGAGGUAUUCUGUGACAUCAGCAUGACUUUGGACAACAAGCUGUCACCCUCCCAAGACACGGCUGCAGGUGGUCCAAGUGAGCAGGACGUGAGUGUGCUGGCUGAAAGCAGCAAGAUGGCCGACUUGGCGUGGAAGGAGGAUGAGGAUGAAGAGGAGGAAGAGCUGAUGUACGGGGAAGGAAGGGGAGAAAGUAUCUGCACCGAACCGCCAAAGAAGCCAAAGGUCAUCUUUUUGAUGGGACCUCCAGGCUCGGGGAAGAGGGUACAGUGCGAGCGCAUGGAAGCCAAGCUGGGCCUGCGUGGCGUUGUUAUGGCUGAACUGCUCCAUCAGGAAGCGCAAGCUCCCACCGACAGGGGGCGCCACCUGCGAGACAUCCUGGAGAGAGGAGAGUCCAUGUCGGAGGCGGCCAUGGUGGACGUGCUGUGUGAGGCGGUGGCGGUGCUGCUGCGUCAAGCGAGGGGAGUGGUCAUCAGCGGCUUCCCCGCGGACGAGCAGCAGGCCCAGGAGUACGAAGCCAAGAUGGGUGAGCCCACUGCCGUCCUCCUGCUCAGCUGGUCCGACCCGCAGAGUCGCCAAAGAUCAGCGUCAGACAGAGACGGUGCCGCCUACUUCAGGGAGGACAGCUUCUGGGGCCACGCCCACCCAGUGCUGGAGCGCUACCGCAUCAAGAACCUGCUGCACACGGUCACUACUGUUCGUUAUCGUUAUUACACGAAUCAUAACAACCACAAUCAUAAUAACAAUCAUUAUUCCAAUAAUAAUCAUUAUGAUCCUGAUUGUUAUUAUCAUUAUAAGCAUCAUAGUAAUCAGAACCAUCAUCAGUGUUGUAAUCAUCGCAAUAACUUUCAUAUCCAUCCCUCCAUUUCCUAUACUGCUUAUCCUCACUAGGAUUAAUGCUGGAGCCUACACCAGUUGACUUCGGGCGAGAGGCGGGGUCCACCCUGGACUGGUGGCCAGCCAAUCACAGGGCUAUUUCAAUAAUGAUGUUCAUUAUUGCAACAAUCAUAAUCGUUAUUAGGGCCAGAGGUAUUGCAACUGCUGUGUUUAUUAUUAUUAUUCCUUGAUCGCUGGUUUGCACAAAAACUCAAUUUGCAGAUGCUUUCGGAGAGGUGAAAGAUUUUGAUAUUUUGGUGGUUUGGAACCUGUGGCUCCAAAACCCACUCAGACUGGUCCAUAUCGACUUUUGCUCCCCUUGACCCUGUAACUUGACAGCAGCACCACGGAUCGACAUUGAAAUCAGGCGUAGAACGUCUGUCUUGACAGGAUGAGCAAAAAAGUCCAUGUUCCAAAAUGCACAGGAACCCUCAUAUGUGAGUUCAAGGGGAACUGCACUCCACAAUUCACGGUCCUUAUGCGAAACAUGAACAUGUAUUUUUUCCCGUUUCUGUGCAUUCUCGGGCAAAAACACGCGAAAAGCAUGAGAAAGCCAGACACAGACAUCAAAAGGGACACAUUUUUUAUGGCAACAUAAAAAUUAGAAUGGUUUUUAAAGUGGGCCCACUUUCAGUAAAAAUUGUCAUAUUUUAACCAAGGCCACACGGUGGUCGAGUGGUUAGCAUGUUGGCCACACAGUCCGUCAGUUAAGCGACCCACAAGAGGAUGAGCGGGACAGAAAAUAGAUGGAUGGAUGGAUGGAUGGAUGGAUAUGUGGUACUUGUAUUGAUCUCACUGGUAAUGACUUAUUGUAUCAUUGCUAUAUAUGUAUAUAUAUAUGUAUGCCUAAUGACGUGGCUUUCUCACAUCAGAGAAAACGUGUGGCCAUGUCAUCAUUGAAUACAAUAAAAAACACAGACCUCCUCUUUGAAUGUGACCAUGAAGUAAGGUUUGAGUGAAGUUUUCCAUCAAAUAACCGAAGAAUGACAGGAAAGCUCCAGCUUUCCAAGCUACUGGAGAAAAUUGAUGAAGGACGCAAGCUGACACUUUCCUCCUUGUGCAGAUCGAUGCUGAGAGGUCACCUGAUGAAGUGUUUGCGCAGAUCUGCAAGGUGAUGGAGACCUCAUGUUCCACAUUCUGAAUGACUCCGUGUGUGUGGAAGAGAAACACACACACACACACACAGUGAAUCUUCAUCCAUGCCAUGGUGUACUGUACAUGUUCCAGCUGAUCUUCUCCCAUUGGUCACUUCCAUCCUCUCUCUCAUUUACACACUGAGUGAGUCAGAGGAGGCUAGAUGUGACUGACACCCCGCCGCCCCGCCCCAGCUCCUGCCUAAAAACUGCUGGCAUCCUCUGGUUGCACAUCGUAAAAAGCUUGCAAGGCUCCCAUCAAGCAACCAAGCUUUUUGCCUCCUUUGUGCUUGUUGCAGGCUUGCGAAUGUGAGGCUCAUAUUUACAUUGCAAUAAAUACUCCGCAUUUUCCAUGACUUUUUAUCCAUUAGGUGUGUCAGGUGUGAUGGCGCCCUCUGUUGGUGACAAAGCAUAACAACACGAAGUUCGUUUUUUCCCCGAAGAAAAUUUUGGAAUGAAAGGUCUCAACUCAAUGCCCAGGGGCCAUAUUCUACCCACCAUAUUGUUUUAUCUGGCCCACGACAACUGGGGUCAUGUCAAAAAGACAUUAUUUCCAUUAUUUUUUGUAUUUUUUAUUUAUGGUGUAUUUUCAGUUAUUUUUUACUUUUUAGAUAUAUUAAGAAAUAAAAUAAUUUGUCUUGCUAAAUGUAUUUGUUUUGUCAAUUUUGACAGAAAUUUUGUACAGCAUGCAAUUGGAGUUUGACUUUUUUUGUUGUCAAAGCCCAUUUAAAAUGAAUGAUAGAAUAUUUGGAUACUCAAGUUUCUGCUUGGUACCUUGACUUCUUUCUAUGUUAGUAUGUUGGUAAAAGAAUACAAAGAAAUGAUAUCAUGAUAAUAAAAUGUGUCAUCA